GUGUUUUCAUUAUGCAAAGCAGUAAUGUCGCCACAAGAGGUGGCACUAUGAGUCAGUCUGCACGGAAUUUAGUAGCAGAAAUUAUAAAUAACGGGGAGCUAAUUAACACCCUGGCAAAUGCAUGUACUGGCCAACCUAAUACUGGCAGCAGUGUUCCGAAUCGUAGUACUGAUGAAGAAAUUUAUUCACUGUUUCAUCGUGGAAGACCAAAUGCAAUGAACCUCUCUGGCCAGACAGCUCCUGCGUUUCAAGCUAACAUUACGAACAACAUGCCUUCCACAUCCACAUCUCAGGCACCCUCUACAACAGCAGGCCCUGUCUACAAUCUUCGCCCUUUCACUCGAAAGGGCCCAAGACAGAAGAGGUUUCCAGUCCAAUUAGACAGUCUACAUUCUGUGGCUCAGUCUUUCUCCAAAGAGGUGAUUCUCUUGCCAGACCAUGCAACUACACAUGUGCCACGGCGUAACAGAAAAGCUUGGCUUUUUGAAAAUGGACAUAUAAAAUCUGCACUGGAGUUUUGCUGUGACUGGGACUCAGACAAAGUUGUACAAGCAAUAAGGGCUGCCUUCCAACCAGUUGUGGAAGGAUGCAGGCUACAAAUCUUGCUGCCAUGCCAUACCAAACUAGUUGAGCCAUCACUUACUUCCAAACAGACUUUGAAUGGACACCUUUUGAAAAAACUGUUUCAUCAAAAGUCUGUUUAUGUCAGACCUGACAAGGUCAUUUUAAGUGAGGACAAAGAAUCUCCAAAUUCUGAUGAAGAGAGUACAAGCGGGCAUGAUUUUACAGAAACAUCGGACUCUGACAAAUGUGCUGAAAGACACACUGUUAAGACACAGUCCAUGUCUGGUGAUGAUGUUAUCUGGUGUGGUGCUACGCAAGAUAUUUGUACUGUUGACCCUUCCAUCUCUGCCGACACUCUCACAAUGUCCACUGAUCCUGCUGUUGUCACUUUUGAUGAGAAUGAGCCUUUCUUUAGUGGAACAUCUGUCAUUGCCAGUGGCAACUCACAUGGCUUCUCAGUUGGUUCCUCUGCCAAUGUUACUGGUGACACACAUGUCUUCUCUGCUAACAACACCUCCAGUGUGUCUAAUGCUCCCACCCAACCCAGUUUAUCCAGCACAUCCUACAGUACAUAUCUUGGCCUGUUUGAGGAAGAAUACCUGUCUGAUGACCCUGACCUCCAAGAAGCCAUUUCAAGGUCUCUAGAUUCAAGUGCAAUUGAGAGUGACCUACCGAUGAGCUUAGAGAGUAUCAUGGCGCAGAUUGUCUCUAGAGUAAAUAAUGACAGCACUGUACGCUUCAAUAUCAUAAGACGAAAUGUGUGGGAUGGAGCAUCCAGAGCCAUGGGCAGAUCCAAUUUUUCACCUGAGAAGAACAUAGAUGUCAAGUUUACUGAUGACUAUGGAAUAUCUGAGGGUGCUGUUGACAAUGGAGGACCUACUCGGGAGUUCUUCCGACUUUGCCUUGAUGAAGUCAAGGACAAAAUUGGCAUUUUUGAAGGUCCACCUAAUGCUAAAGUCCUUACGUGCAAUUCCAAAGCAAUGAAAGACAAUGGAUACUUCUGCGCUGGCCAGAUCAUGGCAAUGUCAAUUGCCCAUGGAGGACAGAGUCCAUGUUUCUUAUCUGAACUCUUGUAUGAGUGUCUUCAAAAGGGUCCAGACAACAUCAAAGUCAACACUGACCAUAUUACUGAUGAAGAAACAAGGUCACAGGUGCAAUCGAUCUUAGAAGCUGACACAAAAUCACAACUGCAGGUUGCAGUUGCACAGGCAGGCAGCUUGAUCAGUCUUGCUGGUCACAAUGUUUGCAUAACACUGGAAAACAAACAAGAAACUGCUUUGGAUUUGGCUCACUGGUAUGUCCUCCAGCGAACCCGUGCACCUUUUGAAAGGUUCAGAGAUGGCUUGAGGUCUCUAGGUGUCCUAGAUGCUCUACAGAAAUAUCCUCUUCAGAUGAAGUGCCUUUUCGUGAAAGCUGGAAAAGCUCUGAAAGCGACUGAUAUGGAGAAUCUUUUCAAGAUCAUUCACUCCGAGCGAGGAAGUAAUGCAUUCCAAGACGAGUGCCGAACCCUGGCUUUCUGGCAAGACUAUCUUCAGGAGGCUGAAUUUGAAAACGAUGUCUCUCUGGAAGAUAUCCUUGUUUUCUGCACUGGAUGUGACAGCAUUCCGGCACUGGGUUUCUCUCCAAAGCCAAGCCUUGAGUUUAUCACAAACUGCAAAUUUCCAGUUGCCAACACUUGUGAAAUUAUUCUUCGUAUACCAGUUCAUGCAGUAUACAGCUCAUUCAAAUCAGACAUGGAUUUUGCAAUACGGAAUUCACCAGGAUUUGGACGAGCAUGAUGUGUAUUCUCAAGGGUUGUAAUCAUGAUAAGAGGUUUUUUUUUUUUGGUUUGUUUUGCAUAUGCAUUUUCUUUUAUCUUGUUGCAGUCAAUAAAUGUCAGGCACUUGUUUUUGCAUUGUAGUUAAUCAGUUUUCCUGCCUAUAUAUGGGUGGGAUAUGACAUUAGAUCAUUAGAUUAGUAACAUUAGAUUAUUUAACAGCCCUGCAGGCAGCAAGAGAAAAUGUUAGAACCUCACUGUUGCUUCUGCAGCACAUUUUCAGCCUGUGUUGCACUAUUUCAGAUACGUUAACCUUUUAGCAGUGCUAAAAAAGCACUGGAUGCAGAGAGAAACUAUAAUCCAUGCCAUACAGGUUUAUAAGCCAUGUUCUUGUGUUUCCAAUAUGUUGGCUUGCAUUUUAAAUACUUUGGCUAGAUGUGGUUGUUGACGGAGUUGGCAUUUUAUAAUUCCUAGAGCACAUUUUCAAAUAUGUUCUGGUAAGGUAGCUUUAUUUCAGUGUCCUGUUUUGACCUUGUUUUAAUCAGUGAUUCAUAUUGAUUUUCAUUUUCAGUUUAACUCACUGGUUAGCUGUAAGUUUUAAAAACAUCUUGUUUAAGCUUUGAAAAAGUAAGGUAUUUUUUUUAUGAAAAUGCCCACUCAAAACAGUAAUCCUAUACAUUAAAAGUGGGACUGACAGUCUCAUCUCACUGUUUCUAUAACCAGGUAGUUCCUGCACCACCGUCAAAGUACCCAUUGUCCAUAAAUUUGGCAAAGAUAUGGUUGGCAUUGGUUAUGUUAAAAGUAGUUAUACAACUACAAGGUGUAUGAGUAAACAAAUUACUCACAGCCAGUUGUCUUCUACACAGGGGUAUUUUCAUUGCUUUUUUUUUUUUUUUUAAUCUCAUUGUUGCCCAGCCCUAUACUAUAGGGUACUAAUGCCUUUCUAACAAAGUUUUCUGUGUUCUGAA